AUGACCAACGAUAAAAAGAUGAAACGAAACGUCGUCGUCGUCGUCGCCGUCGCCGUCGCCGCCGCUUUCAUUGGUACUUCUUCCCCAAACGCCAUCGCCACCGUUGCCUCCACCAUCACAUUUCUCUUGAACUCCUUCCUUCUCUCCAACCCCGAUUCUCCAAAAGCAAGUACUACUAAUACAUGGAGUAUUCCUGUCACCACAGACCGCAGACAACACAGAAACAAAAACCACGCCAAGAUCAUUCUAAUAACAACUUCUAUCUAUCUAUCUAUCUAUCUAUCUAUCUAUCUAUCUAUCUAUCUAUCUCCACGAUUUUCUAUUCUAUUUUUUAGUCUUUUUACUUUAAGUUUAGUACUUAUAUUUCACGGUUCCUUUUUGUUUGUUAAUUUUUCUUUGUUGCUUUUUCUUUUUGUUUAUUUUGUUUCUUACUCCACCUCAUCCUUUCUUUCUUGA